AUGGCAAUGUACAACCCACACCGUGGGCUGGGUCCUGCCCCGAGCGGUGGAAAUGCUCGUCUGAGCGAGUUGCUGGAUGGCAUCCGGCAAGAAUUUGAGAAUCAAGCUCGAGCAAGUUCCGACUAUGAGCAUUCAAUGGCGCAACAAAUAAACGAGAUGCAAAUGGUCAGGGAGAAGGUGUACUCUAUGGAACAAACACAUUUGGCCUUGAAGCAGAAGUACGAUGAAGAAAUCUCACGACUCCACCGCGAACUUGAGGCGAGAGGUGGCCAGCCUCAGCGCGCCGCAGGCAUCGGCGGUCCUCCUCAAAAUGCGGGCUCAUCUCAACAAGCUCCUCCGGCAAUCGGCCUCGGUCCAAGCAAUUUAUUCGGCGGAAUAAUGGCAGGGACAGGUGCGCCGGGCCUGGCGCCUCCUCCCCCUCAAUCGGAUCAGCAUGGCCCCCCACAACAUCAGAUGCCUCAACCUCCUCCUCCUCCCCAACCAAGUCUUCAAGGACCUCCACCGCAGCAACCUCCCUUCCAACAAGGUGGUUAUCCCGGACCAGCCAAUGGGUACUCUCAACCUCCUCAAUCUUCAUCCUCUCCUGGUCCUAACAAGAGUAGGGGUGUUUUGAACCGUGGACCUGGCGGACCAGCCACACCUCAGCUGAACCAGCCGAUCCCAUAUCCCGACCCAAGAGCAGUAGCAUCGCCGCAGGUUGGACACCCUGUUCCAAACCAACAUCCACAGUUCCGAGUUGGUAAUGCAUUGGCGGAAUUGGACCUUGAGCGCCUUCCAGGACAUCAGAAGAAGGUGGAGUCAGAUUGGUUUGCGAUCUUCAAUCCAGAGGUACCUCGUGUGCUCGAUGUUGAUCUCGUCCACACUCUUCAGCACGAGAGUGUUGUUUGCUGUGUCAGAUUCAGCCAUGAUGGAAAGUACGUUGCUACAGGCUGUAACAGAUCAGCACAGAUCUUCGAUGUCGUUACCGGACAGAAGAUUUGCAUCUUGCAAGAUGAAUCAGUGGAUGCCGUUGGAGAUCUUUACAUCCGAAGCGUCUGUUUCAGUCCUGAUGGCAGAUAUCUCGCCACCGGCGCAGAAGACAAGUUGAUUAGAGUGUGGGACAUUGCCUCCCGAAGCAUUCGCAACACCUUCGCCGGCCACGAGCAAGACAUCUACUCCCUUGACUUCGCCCGCGACGGCCGCACCAUCGCCUCCGGUUCCGGCGACCGCACCGUCCGCCUCUGGGACAUCGAGGCAGGUCAAAAUGUUCUUACCCUCUCCAUCGAAGAUGGCGUCACCACCGUUGCCAUCUCGCCCGACACCAAGUACGUCGCUGCCGGCUCGCUCGACAAGAGCGUUCGUGUCUGGGACGCCACUACUGGCUAUCUCGUGGAGCGUCUCGAAGGUCCAGACGGCCACAAGGACUCCGUCUACUCGGUUGCUUUUGCACCAAACGGCAAGGACCUCGUCUCCGGCUCUCUCGACAAGACGAUCAAGAUGUGGGAGCUCGUCGCUCCUCGCGGUGGACAUCCCAACAACGCCCCCAAAGGCGGCCGCUGCAUCAAGACGUUUGAAGGCCACAAGGACUUCGUUCUCUCAGUUGCUCUCACACCUGACGGAAACUGGGUCCUCUCAGGGUCAAAGGAUAGAGGCGUGCAGUUCUGGGACCCAAGAACGGGCAGUACGCAGCUUAUGUUGCAGGGGCAUAAGAACUCUGUCAUCUCGGUGGCACCUAGCCCGAGUGGUGGGUCUUUUGCGACGGGAUCUGGGGAUAUGAGGGCUAGGAUUUGGAGUUUUAAACCUUAUCCGUGA